GAGAUACCGCAAUAUGAACUCGAAAACACUGCGCCGGCUCGCAGCAGAUCACGCGCAGCUCCACAACGAUCUGCCCACCAACUAUCUCUUCCCGCCGAAUCCACAGCACGACAACGACCUCUCGCAGCUCGACGUCCUAUUAGCGGGACCGACACAUACUCCCUUUGCCGCAGGCGUAUGGAAGCUGCACCUUGCGAUACCCGACAAUUAUCCCCAACAACCACCUACCGCCAACUUCAGGACCAAGAUCUUCCACCCGAAUGUCAAUGAGAAGGGUCAAAUAUGUGUGGAGACAUUGAAGCGCGACUGGGACAGCAAGCUCACCCUACGGGAUGUGUUGGUCACAAUAUCAUGUCUGCUCAUUCAACCGAAUCCGGACAGUGCACUCAAUGCUGAGGCAGGUGCCCUCAUUCAACAGGACUAUGACGCCUUCGCGCAAAGGGUGGAGCUCAUGACUAGUAUUCAUGCCUCUAUCCCACCAUCAUUGACAGAUCUCGUCAAGGAGGCGCAGAAUCGAGGGCAAGAACCGGCCCCUGCAAGUGAGCCAGAGGAAGAUGUGGAGGAUUCUAUGAUGCGGCCCGAACAACCUGUACGACGCCGAAGGACUAUUGCAAAGGUACGAGGCCUGAGGAGAACCGAGACAUCACCAGGAGAUGCGCCUGCUAGGAGAGCACGAAGACCGCCUGCCGCGAAUCCUCCCAGCCGGCCAUUCGUGGUUCAGAGUACGAAUGACGACGUAUUUGGAGCACCUGCACCACAGAGGCGAGAAGAACCAGCGACUGUGUACGAGAAUGAGGACGAUCGUGAUUCGGAAAUGCUCGAAGCAGAUCAGGAGAACGAUGCAGCUCGCUCACCUGCAAAGACACCUUCCGUAGGCGUAAGAACGCCACGCCGCCCCCACGGUAUGCCUGUACCACUAGGAGAACUCAUUCUGCCGGAACAAGACGAGGGCGGCACGUCCGUGGAUGAUACAGAUAUGGACAUGGAGCCCGAAUACCCGCCCAGUCCUCGCAAGAGUCCUUCCAAAAACCCGACGAAACAGUUCAGACCUGCUCUAGAUCGAGCCGAGAGCAGCCGGGACGCUGCGUCAAGAGGAGCCCCUAUGAUCACUCCUCCGAAUCUCAACGAUAAGCCGCUAACGUUAGCCGGCUCAGUCUCCCCUCGUAGAGCGGAUCGGGGUCGCAGAGUCGCGUUUAAGCUAUCGAAACGGCAUACCCCUGAUCAACAGCCUGAUGAUUCGAGCUUCUUGGAGAGUAGCUUCAUGAAGGCUACGAUUACUCCUGCCGUUCAGAAAAAUGCUGGAGUGCUGAAGAACAGGAGUCCGAACUCGUCAAGUAUUCGGAGAGAAGAAGCACAGCGACGAGCAGAAUUGAAUGAGAAGUUGUGGGAAGCUUGUGGACGUGACAUCAAGCGUUGGAAUCGAGGAGAUUUCGAUGGGGACAUGUUAACAAGAAAAGCACCAAGGUGGUGAACUUGGCUUUUGGCUGGCACUUUUGGCACAUUUUCACAGUUGAGGCAUAACAUUGGAAAAGCAUU